AUGUCUUUUGAAAUCAAUUGGGAGAACCUAGUUGACGACCAAGCUAUCAACAGCUCAAUCAAAAGUUUUUUGAAUUCUCAAUUGCAGUCCAUUUCCCUUCCAAGCUAUGUCAGCAGCCUGCAGGUAACAGGGUUUCGAUUGGGAGAUACACCACCAAAAAUCAUUCUACGAGAGAUCUCAGAUCCCUUAAAUGAAUUCUAUGAGCACAUUUCUAAUGAAAGGCUGCCGAAAGAGCAUGAAACAGACUCCGAAGAUUCAAGCAGCUCUCAAAGGUCGAAUGAAGAGCCUGGCAACGAGUCUGAACGCGAGUCCCCAGAAAGCGAUCUACAGCUUUUAGUCGAGAUUGACUAUAAGGGAGAUAUGCAAAUUGACGUGAGUGCCGAACUAGCACUAAAUUACCCAAGCCCUUCUUUCAUGACUUUGCCCGUCAAACUCUCAAUCAGUGAUCUUGGCAUGCAUGUUCUGUGCUUGGUGGCGUAUCUGUCACAACAAUUAUUUAUCAGUUUUCUUUGCGAUAUAGCAGAUCCUAUUUUGGAUGCCCGGGAGUCCAUUAUAGACUCAGGAAGCUCAACUUUUCUAGGUAAAAAGUCGCUUGAGAGGAUAUCUCUGAUACGAAGCAUCAAGAUUGACAGUGAAAUUGGUGAACAAGAUCAUAUUGAAGGUUCUGUUCUACGAAGUGUUGGAAAGUUAGAACAGUUUUUACUGGAGGUUUUUAGGACGAUUGUGAAGACUGAGGCUGCUUGGCCGAGCUGGAUCAAUCUAGACUUCAGCGAAGACUUAUCCGAUGACGAAGAGAGUGAAUUGUCUCAUAUGUAG